GGUUAAUGAUGUAAGCAAUAUGCUUUGAAAACGAAGAAAACGAUUACGUGAAAAACUAUAUUUUUGGAUUAAUUGAGUUCAAAUUGUUCAGAUAAAAGAAAACGAGAGAAGAUGUCGACAGAAAGAAAGAAGAGAAGAGAACGAGAAGAAAGUGAAGAUUCAAAUGAAGAUGACUAUGUACCAUAUAUUCCUAUCAAACAGCGGAAGAAAUUGAAAGUGCGUCAAGCAGAGAAGCGUUUGGGGCGCAUUGGAUUGUUGAAAGAGCAAGAGGCAGGUUCAACCUCGGAGGGGACUUCAGAGGGGGGAAAUGAGGGGGAGGAGGAUGAGGGGGUCAAUCUGGGACCAAAGUCAAAGUUCAGUUUGCUAGAUCAGCACAGUGACCUUAAGCGGAAGGCAGAAGCCCGCAAAGAGACUGCUCGGGAAAAAAUAUUAAAAGAAGAAGAAAAGAUUCUUGAAAGUGUAGCAGAGAAAAAAGCUUUGAUGGCUGUAUCAGAGUUGGCAAAAGGUAUUGAAUACACGGAUCCAAUAAAAACUGGGUGGCGAGCUCCGGGCUACAUUUUGAAGAAGUCUGAACACGAGCAUGAGAAGGUGCGCAAGAAGUAUCACAUCCUGGUGGAAGGGGAGGAUAAGCCCGCGCCACUGACGGCGUUCAGAGAGAUGAAGUUCCCCAAGCCAAUACUGCACGGGCUGAAGAAGAAAGGCAUCCAGCAUCCAACACCUAUACAGAUCCAGGGAAUACCUGCAGUGUUAUCAGGCAGGGACAUGAUAGGUAUAGCGUUCACAGGCUCGGGUAAGACGCUGGUGUUCACCCUGCCUAUCAUCAUGUUCUGUCUGGAGCAGGAGAAGAGGCUUCCCUUCAUCAACAAUGAGGGACCCUAUGGGCUCAUCAUCUGUCCAUCGCGUGAGUUAGCGAAGCAGACCAAUGAGAUUAUUGCAGAGUUCUGUGGCUACCUGGAGAAGGAUGGGUUCCCUCCUCUGAGAUCAGCCCUCUGUAUCGGGGGACUGCCACUCAACCCUCAGCUAGAGAUAAUCAAAAGAGGUGUUCACAUCAUAGUUGCCACCCCAGGCCGGCUGAUGUUGAUGCUGGAGAAGAAGAUGUUUGUGCUGGACAUCUGUCGCUACCUGGUCCUCGACGAGGCUGACAGGAUGAUUGACAUGGGCUUUGAAGAGGACGUUAGGACCAUCUUCUCAUAUUUUAAAGGUCAACGGCAGACCCUCCUGUUCUCGGCCACUAUGCCAAAGAAGAUUCAGAACUUUGCCCGGAGUGCGCUGGUCAAGCCGGUCACAGUGAAUGUGGGUCGCGCGGGGGCAGCCAGUCUGGACGUCAUUCAGGAAGUGGAGUACGUGAAACAGGAGGCCAAAAUUGUCUACAUCCUUGAGUGUCUCCAAAAAACAGCACCACCGGUGUUGGUGUUUGCUGAGAAAAAGCAAGAUGUGGACGCCAUACAUGAAUACCUACUGCUGAAGGGAGUGGAAGCAGUGGCCAUACAUGGAGGCAAAGACCAAGAGGAGAGGACCCAGUCUAUAGAUCAGUUCCGUAAGGGGGACAAGGACGUUCUCGUGGCAACCGAUGUGGCUUCCAAGGGGCUCGACUUCCCGGAUAUCAAACACGUCAUCAACUAUGAUAUGCCAGAGGAUAUUGAGAACUAUGUGCACAGAAUAGGCCGCACGGGUCGAUGUGGUAAAACAGGAACAGCCACUACUUUUGUAAACAAUGGAAACGAUGAGACAGUGCUGCUGGACUUGAAACACCUGCUGAUUGAAGCCAAGCAGAAAGUGCCACCAUUCCUGGCUGCUAAGGAGCUGGAGAAUGAGAAAUACCUCAACAUUGGAGGCGAGGCUGGCUGCUCGUACUGUGGUGGGCUGGGUCAUCGUAUUGCAGAAUGCCCCAAACUGGAGGCCCUACAGAGCAAACAGGUGGCAGGCAUCGGGCGCAGGGACUACCUGGCUAACAGCAGCGCGGACUACUGAGCAUGGACUGAGGACUAUUUAGAGGGGCAUGAACUGCUUUGUCAGUGAUUGCAGCAUUAUGGACUAUCAGUGUAGUAGGCACUGCAUUGUACAUGGAUUAUUGAACAUAACCAGUCCAUGUGUUGCACGAACAGCUGAGCCUGUGCUUGAAGCAGACUGGACCAUCAGUGACAUAGAAAUUCCAGUUUACUUGGAUUAUUGUCCCCUAUCAGUGAAAUCAGAGGGGACUUAUGGUUUGCGCUCUGUCUGUCUGUCAGUCAGUCAGUCCGUCACACUUUUCUGGAUCCUGCGAUAACUUUAAAAGUUCUUCAUAUUUUUUCAUGAAACUUGAAACAUGGAUAGAUUGCAAUAUGGAGAUUAUGUACGUCAUUUAAUUUUGUUCCUAUGUCAUGAAUUUUGGUUGCUAUGGCAACAAAUAUAAAAAAAAUCUGACAAUGGUGGAGUUUCACCGGUAGGGGACCAUAUUGCUUGGCAAUCUCUUGUUGAACACCCCUUUGUUGCAUUCCAUGUCAUGAUUCUAUGCUUGGAGUGGAUUGGACUAUCAGGGUGGUGGACAUUCCAAGUGUACUUGGAUUUCUGAAUAUUUGGUCCUUAAGUUGCAGCAUAAUCAUAGAACCUAUCAACUCUCUAAAAGUAAAACUAAAUGGAGAGUAAGUUAUGGACACUUCCCAUUACCAUGGUGUAUUGAGAUGUGUAUGAAGGUAUGGUAUAAAUCACUGGACAAUCAACAUCCUCAUAGGCAAGAAAAUGGAGCUCAAAAUGUUAUUGUCUUAAAGAAAUAAACAGUACUUCUGUUUAAGAAGGUAAACUUAAUUCUAACCAGGUGUCUUACCAAUUUUUAUAGUUAACAAGAGCUUGUCACAGUAGUGCCAAAUCCCCGCCGAAAUGUGUUUGCUUGUAUGACAACAUUUGUUUUAGAGAGUAGAAUAAUAUUUGUAAAAACAAAUAAAGGGAGAUAAUUCAUUGUGCUCCUGACAAAAAUUUACUUUGAAAUUAAAUAAAGGGAUAUAAUUCAAACACUUAGGUAGAGUUAUGGUUCUUAGUCACUGCACUUCUCCUAGUUGCCAUCUGUUAAUAUUUCAAGUUUCAAGUAAAUCCCUUCAGUAGAUUUAGAGUUAUGCUCCAGACAAAAAUUUACAUUAAAAUCAUAUAAAAGAGGAGAUUAUUCAAAAACUAAGGUAGAUAGAGUUGUGGUUCUUGGUUACUGCACUUCUAGUUGCCAUCUGUGUAUAUUUCAAGUUUCAAGUAAAUCCCUUCAGUAGAUUUAGAGUUAUGCUCCGGACAAAAAUGUACUUUAAAAUCAUAUAAAAGGGGAGAUAAUUCAAAAACUAAGGUAGAUAGAGUUAUGGUUCUUGGUCACUGCACUUCUCCUAGUGGCCAUCUGUUUAUAUUCUACGUUUAAAGUAAAUCCAUUGAAUAGAUUUGGAGUUAUGCUCCGGACAAAGUUUCAGCCGGACGGACAGGACCAAUUACUAUAUCCCCUCCGAAAAAAUUUUGGCGCGGAUAAAAAAAAUACCAUAUGUGUGACCAUAUGGGGACAAUGUAAUUUUAUAGUGACAAAGACUUUUCAGUUAAAAAAAAUGGCUACUUUCUUAUUAUAUGACAAAGCUUAGCUUUGGUCACCAAAAAAGUUUUGCAUUAGGAUUUUUUAUCUGUAUAGUUAUUUUAUAUAUAUUUGCACUGUAGGUAUUAAGGAAUAACUUUUUUGUGCUGAUGUUGUGUAUAUCAAGAUGAACAUAAGGUUGUCAGAAUUCGUGAGAUUUUAUAUUGUUACUUGUGUACAGUUUAAUAAAAUAAUUUAAAGAUGA